AUGAAGCUUGAGGAAAAUUCAGUUCAGUUCUGCUUCCCUUUGCACAACUCAUCUUGUGUUAAGGACUGGAGAUCCUUUAUGGAAUACAUCAUAAUGUAUACUUUCCUUUCAACAGUGUCAGGCCUGACUGUGUUUUUCAACCUGCUGGUGAUCAUCUCCAUCUCCCACUUCAAGCAGCUUCACACUCCAACCAACCUGCUCAUCCUCUCUCUGGCUGUGGCAGACUUAUUGACUGGGCUCAUAGUCAUACCUGUGGAAGGACUUGCCUUUAUUGAAACUUGUUGGUACUUUGGAGAUUAUUUUUGCACUGUAUUUCCCAUUAUGAUGUUUACCAUCUUCUCUGGAUCCCAUAUUAGUAUAUUUUUAAUAUCACUUGACCGUUACAUUGCUGUUACAGAUCCAUUCCAUUAUACAGUUAAGGUGACCUUCAAGAGAGCAGUCUUUUGUGUAUCAUUCGGCUGGUUUUCUUCUUUUAUCUAUGCUUUAGCCAUUUUGAACAAGCGCCAGGCCAAAAUCAUUAACACUGUCACAGUCAGGAUCAAACCAGAAGGUAAAGGCACAGUACCAAAGACGUCUGAGACCAAGGCUGCUAAAACAUUAGGAGUUGUCAUAGCAGUUUAUUUUAUCUGCUGGAUACCCUAUUUUAUUGGGAGUCUAAUAGCAGAUAGUGUACCAUAUAAUUCAGCUGUCUUUGUUUUUAUGUACUGGCUUUUGUAUACUAAUUCCUGCAUGAAUCCCCUUAUGUAUGCCCUCUUUUAUCCAUGGUUUAGAAUAUCAGUGAAGCAUAUUUUAACACUGUCAAUGUUUAACUCCUCAUCCUCAUACUUAAAUGUUUUCCCAGAAAGAAAAUAA